AUGGCCUCUUGCCGGCGCCUCUUCCCGCAAAGAACCUGGGGAACAAAGGUCGACUCUGAUAUAUCCAGCCUGUCCAGCCCUGAACAAGAGCACAACCGUAACCCCAUGUCCAACAACAACAUCGGGCCGGGCGCCCAAGCCGCACCACAAGAUGCGGACCAGAUCGAGACCGAAAAGGGGCCUGGGUCGAGCCACCAGGUCUCCCAGCUGAACGAAGCCAGCAUCGACGACAAGGUGCUCCGGUCCCAGGCCGCCGAGGCAACGGAGCAGGAGCACAGCAUCGGGCUGAUACAGGGGUUCAAGACCUACAAGCGCGCGGCCUUCUGGUCCAUGGUGAUCUCGUCCACCGUCAUCAUGGAGGGCUACGACGUGACGCUGAUCGGCAACUUCUUCGGGUACCCAGAGUUUCGGAAAAAGUACGGCGAGUACCUCAACGAGACGUCGGGCUACCAGAUCUCGUCGCAGUGGCAGCAGGCCUUCAACAUCACGUCGGCGUUUGCCAACAUCGUCGGGGCGCUGCUCAACGGCUACUUUACGUCAAAGUACGGGCACCGCAUGGUCUUGAUCUUCUCGCUCGCGUCGCUCGCCUGCUUCGUCUUCAUCUCCUUCUUCGCGCCCAACGUCCAGGCGCAGCUAGCCGGCCAGAUCCUCUGCAACGUGCCCUGGGGCGUCUUCGCCACGACCGGCCCGGCCUACGCCGCCGAGGUGACGCCGCUCGCCAUCCGGGGCUACCUGACGGCGUACGUGAACCUCUGCUGGGUCAUCGGGCAGUUCAUAUCGACGGCGGUGCUGGCCGGGCUGGUCAACCGCCGCGACGAGUGGGGGUACCGCAUCCCCUUUGCGCUGCAGUGGAUCUGGCCCGCGCCGCUGAUGCUGGCGGCCUGGUUCGCGCCCGAGUCGCCCUGGCACCUGGUGAGGACCGGCCAGCUCGACAAGGCCAAGAGGUCGCUCGCCAGGCUGUCGGAGCCGCACCAGACCGUCGACCUCGACGCCACCGUGGCCAUGAUGGUGCACACCAACAAGCUCGAGAUGGAGGAGCGCCGGGGCACCACGUACUGGGAUGCGUUCCGCGGCACGAACCGCCGCCGCACCGAGAUCGCCUGCAUGAGCUUCCUGUCGCAGAUCACCAACGGCGGCGCGCUGUGCUACUCGGGCACCUUCUUCUUCCAGCAGGCCGGCGUGGCCGACGACGUCUCGUACUACAUCGGCGUCGGCGGCAAGGGCGUGGCCUUUAUCGGCACCGUGCUGUCGUGGGGUCUGAUCUACCGCUUCGGUCGCCGCACCAUCUGGAUCGCCGGCUUCACCGCCAUCGUCAUGGUGCUCUGGACCAUCGGCUUCCUCGCCGUCCCGCCGGAUCAGACCCUCGCCUUGUCGUAUGCGCAGUCCUUCAUGUGUGUCGUAUGGCUGGGCGUGUACAGUUUGACCGUCGGCCCCAUCGUCUACACCAUCGUUUCCGAGAUUGGCUCGACGAGGUUGCGGACCCAGACGGUCGUGCUGGCUCGCACCACAUACUACCUGGGCAACGUGAUCGGCGGCGGUACCCUGCAGCCAAAGAUGCUUGCCCCUGGAGACUGGAACCUGAAGGGCAAGACUGCUUUCUUCUGGGCCGGCCUCGCAACGCUGACGUGGAUCUGGGGCUACUUUCGCAUGUUUGAGACCAAGGACCGCACAUUUGGAGAGAUGGACGUCAUGUUCCAGCGUGGCAUCUCUGCGCGCAAAUCUGCCAAGUAUGAGCUCACUAGCGACGACAUGUUUUUGGCGCAGGAGCAAGAUAACAGGCAGGGAGGUCCGACGGGCCUUUCGAUGCUCAAAGUCCUCCGCGAAGAUGGCUUCCGCGUCACUGCAUUUGAGCGCCGGUCCAGAGUCGCCGAGUAUCCGCCGUAUAUGAAAGCAGGCCAUUUUCAGGAGUUUAUGGAGGACUACGCCAACCAUUUUGACCUGUUGAGGGACAUCGUCUUCGAGACGACCGUCAAGCGCGUGGUGAGAAAUAAAGGAGACACGAAAUGGUUAGUGGAAGUUGAGAAGAAGGGAGGGACAGUAGAAGAGCUAGAGUUCGACAAGGUCGCGUUCUGUCAUGGCUACCAGACCGUGGCCAAGAUGCCCACAUACCCCGGCCGAGACAAGUUCGAGGGCGUACUGAUACAUGGCCAGGCAUACCGGACCGGAGAAGCAUUCAAAGACAAAACGGUCGUGGUGGCAGGCGCAUCAGCAUCGUCGGGCGACGUCGUGCCGUCUCUGCUCCCGCACGCACGCAAGGUCUACCUCUCGCACCGGUCCGGCGCCUUCCCGAUCCGGCGCUGGGUCAAGGGGAAGCCCGUCGACCUCAACAUCACCUGGCGCCGCAGGCAGAUCGGCUUCUUCCUGCAGCGGUACGUACCCACGCUGCACAGACUCCUGAGCGACUUCGGGAUGAGCCUCGCGGCGCGGCUGACCCACGGCCCGCUCGACCCGGCGUGGCGCCUCAAGCCGUACCCGUCGCUGACGCUCAAGCUGCCGGGCGUCUGGGAGUCGGUGAUGGAUGGGCUGAGGGAGGGGACCGUCACCAGCGUGCACGGAAUCAAGAGCUUCGUUGGCCCCAGGAGCGUCGAGAUGGACGACGGCACGGUGCUCGAGGACGUCGACGCCGUGGUCUGCUGCACGGGCUACCAGGCGGACUGGACCGUCGCGCCGUUUGUGGCGACGAGCGUACCGUCGGAGCAUGGCUACACCGGCAAGCCGCUGUACAGGCUUUACAUGAACAUGUUCCCGCCAGAGUAUGCCGACAGCUGCGCGCUUCUGUGCUACAGUGCCUUUGGGAAGAGUAAUGGGUUUACGUUUGCGGACCUGAGCGCCCAGGCUAUUAGCAAUGUCUGGCGAGGAGUCGAGCAGCUACCAUCAAAGGCCGACAUGGACAAACACAUUGACGCGCACCAGGUCUGGGUCGCGUCCCGAUGGAAGCAGGAUCCGUCCAUAGACACGAGCUGUGUCAAGACGUGGGAGUUCCAGGGCUGGCUGCACCGCGCCGCAGGUACCGGAAUGGAGAACAUAGGAUGGGGCUGGAAGGGGUGGAAGUUUUGGUGGGAGGAUCCGGAGAUGUACAGGCUGAUGAACCACGGCGUCGAGACUGCGCAUGCGUUUAGGUACUUUGAGACGGGCAAGCGGAGGACCUGGAGCGGGGCGCGGGAGGCCAUCAUCGAGGUGAACAAGCGAGCUAGCAUAUUUCCACUCAAGAAAAAUGCGGUGGAAGGUUGA